CUUCCCAAGCUGCAAAUAGCACACAGCAUAAGUGCAGCAGACAAACAAAAACAAGCUUCAAAUGUAGCUUUAAAUGUGACAGCAAGCUGAGAAACUUCUUGGAUGAGGGGAAAUUCUUUGGAGAUAGCUGGUUCUAAUCUUCCAACCUGACAGAAGUGUUGCAGGCAUUUACAGCAAGCCCCUUAUGGAGCCUGAGCUGCCGCCUUCUGCUCAGGGACAGCAUGGGUCAUUUCUGCUCAGGCAGCUUGACAGAAUGAGAGCAGCUGGGGAACUCACUGACGUGGUCUUACAGGCAGAGGGUAUUUCUUUCCCAUGCCACAAGGUGGUGCUGUCUGCAUUCAGCCCUUACUUCCAGGCCAUGUUUACAUGUGGUCUGAAGGAAACUGGAGGAUCAGAGGUGCCUCUCAGAGACAUUCCUGCACAGAGCCUUGAACUGCUACUGAAGUACAUGUAUCUUGGCGAACUCCCCCUUUCAAAUGACAACAUCCAGGGAGUGGCUGCUGCUGCUUUCCUACUUAAUGUGGAUGGGGCUUUCAGAUUGUGUCAAAGCCACAUGGAGGCUCACAUGGAUGCCUCAAACUGUGUUGGUCUGAACUUUUGGGCCAGAGACUUUGGUGCAACUGAUCUAGCAGACUGUGCUUUGAGAUACAUUUGCCAACACUUCACGCAGGUUUGUGAGGAAGACGAGGUGCUGGAACUUGAUGCGCAGCGUCUCGGGGAUCUUCUGAGUUCAGAUGACCUCAACAUAUCACAAGAGGAACUUGUGCUUGAACUGGUUCUGCGGUGGGUUGAGAGACACAAGAACAACUUGCAGAGCGAAGCUCAGGCCGUGGAGUUACUCAGGCAUGUACGUCUGGAGUUGGUGGAUCCUGGAUUUCUUCGCAAAGCAAGGAGGAGAAAUCCGGUACUGCUACGGGAUGCAGAGUGCUUUGGGAUGAUCGAUGCAGCCCUCCAGACCUCAAGUCUCUGUGAGUCUGUAGCUCCACCACGUCCAACUCUUCGAUAUGGCAUGGAGACAACAGAUUUGCUGCUCUGUUUGGGUGGAGUGAACACCGAGGGUGUGCCGGCGAGACGUGGAGGAGUUGCCGACCAAAGUUUCUGUUUUGCACCUCGUGGUAGAAAGACCUACUACAUCACCUCUCCGCUGAAAGACUUUGGAGGUCAGGGCCAGAUCACAGCAGGAGCAGUGACCCGGAACAACAACAUACUGGUGGCUAUAGAUGCAGAAGACCAAUGCAGGACGAGGAGGCUGGAUAUCUACAAAUACAGUAAUUCAGAAGAGAAAAUCUGGGUAAAGUUGUGCUCUGCACCCUACAGAGACAUGUAUUCACUGGGGUUAGCUGAAGAUGCUCUGUACCUGAUAGGAGGUCAGAUGAAAGUGCACAAUCAUUACAUUAUAACGGACAGCGUGGACAGAUGGUCAUUGAAGAGAGGAAGCAGCUGGCUCAGUUUUGCUCCUUUACCACUGCCUUUAGCCUGCCACUCCACGGUGAACCUGAAGGAGCAUCUCUACGUGCUGGGGGGCUGGACUCCACAGAACCAACCGGAUGAUGAGCCGGACAAACUGUGUAACAGAGUGUUUCGCUUUGAACCAGGCAAAGAUAGGUGGACAGAGUGUGCAACCAUGAAGUACUCCAGGUAUCGCUGUGGAACUGCUGUACUCAACGGAGAAAUCUACAUAUUAGGUGGAAUAGGAUGUGAUGGUGAGGAUUGUGGACAAUCACGACGCUGUCUCAGCUCUGUAGAGAUAUACAACCCAGAUACAGACAGUUGGAGGCCAGGUCCAACACUCCCUACAACCUUACUUUCCCUCCGUACCAAUGCCUCCAACUUAGGAGUGGUAGAAGGAAAGCUCUACCUUUGCGGAUACUACAAAGGGGUCGGGCGUCAUGAGAUCAUCACGAAAGAGAUUUUAGAGUUGGACCCUAGAGACAAUGUGUGGACAGUCGUGGAGAGACGAGCAGCGAUGCAUGACAGCUAUGAUGUCUGCCUGGUGGCUAACCUCAAUCCUCGGGACCUCCUCACACCCUGACGCACGCCCUUAUGACACUGAGAAACAUUGUGUGGGCCUGAAAUGUGUAGGUAGCAACUGCGUAAACUUCUGUCCUAACAAAGUUUGUUUCAGCUGAAUCAUUGUAGCAUUUGGAAAAAGAGUAAAUUAACUCUAGGCUUACAGAAUAGUUUAUUUCACCUAAACGUUUGUAAAACUCAUCAGCACAAAAGCAGAUGAUUAAAACCUUUUCGAAGCUUUACACUAAAUUUAUAGUUUCAGGAUAAGAUAAGAAGUUUUUUGUUAAAUAAGGUGUAUUCGUAACUUAUUAUCACCGCUUGUCAAGAAAUAUUUGUCUCGAUUCAGAACAGAGGAAACUGUUUUCAGGCAAGAGAGACAGUGGGAUUACUCAAAAUUAUUAUUUAAAACCAGAGAAUCAGAGUAGCAGCGUCUAGCGCGUCUAUAACAGAAAACUCUGCAGAAGGAAACACAGGUUAGUGACCACGUAAAUUUAACAGAGGAAGAUAAUGGACGUGAGUCACUAACCUGGUUUAGAAGUUUAGUCUGUGCAGGUGUUGCCCUGAGUGUCUCAGAUGCUGCAGCCCUGAAAAGCAAGCAGGAGACAGAUUAGCAGAAUAGCUCAGACUGGACAGCCAGGCUCCGUGGUUAAGAGGCAGAACAGGUCAGGAUCAGGAAAUCAGAAACACUAAGGUAAUGCCAAGGACCCUCUCACAGCAGGCUGGAGUAAACAAGAAUAAUUAGGCUCUGAUAAUUGGGAGCAAGCAGCUUGAAUAGAGGCAGGAGCAGGUGGAUAAGAUGAGAUGAAAAACUGGGCAUAGUUUGACAGGUAAAUGGAAUGAAUAAUUAAGCCAGUCAUCAGUGCUAAGAUCAUUACGACAAUAAAAUCUUUCUAUUAUAUAUUUUUUAAAACAGUAAUUUUAUUGUUUUAAAGAGAUUAUUCUGAUUGUAUAUGAACAAGUAUUUUCAAACAGGAAGAGCUCUUUGUAUUUUCAUUUGCAAUUUCACAACAAAAUACAGAUAAAGGAUCUCUGAACAUUCGUAUUUACACAGACUGACUAAAUUGACUAAAGUUUAUUUUGGAGUGUAGUCUUUAAACUGUGAUGGAUAUUAAUUUUGUGUUUGAAAAAUAGUUUCUCUGUUAAUUUGUGAAAGUUUUAUGAUUGUGUAUCCCGCUAAUAGAGCAAAACGAUCAACUAAUUUUUAGAAAUGUUUUUUUCUCCCAAUGUCCUGAUGUUUCAAAGGAUUCUCUGUUGCCAUGAAGUUCCAAAGCUUUUGAAAGAGGUCAACAGCAUCACAGGUCUUCACCAUAUUUAAGAGUGAACACUAAGUGUCCCUCAGAUA